UGUUCUGGGUACUGGGAGAUGCCCGUGGAGAGACACCCGGCAGAAGGGACCAAAGUCCCCAUUUAUGGCCUUGAGAGAGUUAAUGUGUAAUAUUCUAGAAUAUAAACUGGGCCAGGAAGUGCGAUCCUGAGCCCAGGCCUUCAGGAGUCCCUGAGAGCAGCGGCCAGGAGCUGCCACCAUGUCGGGAAAAUUUGAGAUAACGAACAUGGACAUGAAGUUGGGGACAACCCUGAAGAUCAAGGGCAAGAUUGCCAGUGAUGCUGAUGGAUUUGUGAUCAAUCUGGGCCAGGGGUCGGAGCAGCUCAACCUGCAUUUCAACCCACGCUUCAAUGACUCCACUAUCGUCUGCAACUCGCGGGAUGGCAGCUGGGGGGAGGAGCAACGGGAAGGUCACAUGUGCUUCAGCCCCGGGUCAGAGGUCAAGAUCUCCGUGACCUUUGGGAAUGACGGAUUCGAAGUGAAGCUGCCAGAUGGGCACCAGCUGACCUUUCCCAACAGGCUGGGCCACAGCCACCUGAGCUACCUGAGCGUGCUGGACGGGCUGAGCGUCUCCUCCUUCAAGAUCAACUAA